AUGCCAAUAUAUACUGAGCUGUUGUUCUCUUUUAUAGGGAAAUCCUCAUUGACGAUUCAGUUUGUUGAAGGCCAAUUUGUUGACUCCUACGAUCCAACCAUAGAAAACACUUUCACAAAGUUGAUCACGGUAAAUGGACAGGAAUAUCAUCUUCAACUUGUAGACACAGCUGGGCAAGAUGAAUAUUCUAUCUUUCCUCAGACAUACUCCAUAGAUAUUAAUGGUUAUAUUCUUGUGUAUUCUGUUACAUCAAUCAAAAGUUUUGAAGUGAUUAAAGUUAUCCAUGGCAAAUUGUUGGACAUGGUGGGGAAAGUGCAAAUACCUAUUAUGUUGGUUGGGAAUAAGAAAGACCUGCACAUGGAAAGGGUGAUCAGUUAUGAAGAAGGGAAGGCUUUGGCAGAAUCUUGGAAUGCAGCUUUUUUGGAAUCUUCUGCUAAAGAAAAUCAGACUGCUGUUGAUGUUUUUAGAAGGAUAAUUUUGGAGGCAGAAAAAAUUGAUGGGGCAGCUUCACAAGGAAAGUCUUCGUGCUCAGUGAUGUGAUUCUGCUGCAAAACCUGAGGACACUGGGAAUCUGUUCUACCUGAAGAAGCAAACUGCCCGUUAUCCUUUAAGAAAACUAUGCUUCUUUUUUCUUCUGUUAGCCUGAAAGAUAGCAUUUGGGUCAGAGCUUUUUUUUCUCCCCCCUUCAGAUUAUGUUAAACUCUGACUCUGUCCAAAUGAGUUCACUUCCAUUUUCAAAUUUUAAGCAAUCAUAUUUUCAAUUUAUAUAUUGUAUUUCUUAAUAUUAUGACCAAGAAUUUUAUUGGCAUUAAUUUUUCAGUGUAGUUUGUUGUUUAAAAUAAUGUAAUCAUCAAAAUGAUACAUAUUGUUACACUACUAUUAACUAGGCUUCAAUAUAUCAGUGUUUAUUUCAUUGUGUUAAAUGUAUACUUGUAAAUAAAAUAGCUGCAAACCUUAAUCCUUUACCCUGGUUGAUGUGGCUUUUAAAGAUGAAAAA